CAUACCAAACAAUCCAAACAUACUUAGCGAAAGGUUGAAUUGAAUUUUAAUUAAAUAACAAGAUUGACCGUCAACAAUUUUUAUUUUUUUAAUUUAUUUAUUUUUAAGUCAGGAUAAGUGAAACUAUGGAAAUCUUUUUCGUGUUUGAUGCCGCAGUCACUCUUUCUUCUCUGCGUGAUAGGCACAAAAGGCCCUUAACGAUUAAUGUUACUCCUAAUAGAUGAUUAGCAGAAAGUGAUUAAAUUACAAAACAUCAAUUUCGAAAUAAUCACAUGAACUUAUCUCACAUAACUCGAUUUUUAUUUAUUUAUUUAUUUAUUUUAAAUUUGUUCUGUGAAAUACUUCUCCCCUUUUUCUCUGUUUUCCUUAAGAUUAUAGAAAAUGAAAUAAAUCCUUUCGUGAAUGAAUGGGAAGAAAAAGGAAUGUUUCCAGCACACACUGUGUUUAAGAAGCUUGGAGAUGCUGGAUUACUAGGCAUUACCCGUCCAACAGAAUAUGGAGGACUGGGUUUAGAUUACAACUUCAGCAUGACAUUCUUUGAAGAACUAGCAAAAAUUAACUGUGGGGGCAUUCCAAUGGCAAUUGUUGUUCAUACAGACUGCGCAACACCUGCUUUAAGUUGUUUCGGCAGUGACAAGUUAAAGAAAGAGUUUCUCGUUCCCUCCAUUUCUGGGGAUAGGGUCUCUUGCAUCGGAAUUAGUGAACCUAAUCAUGGUUCUGAUGUAGCAGCGAUUGAAACAACAGCUGUGAGACGAAAUGAUGAUUUGAUAAUUAAUGGAGGGAAAAUGUGGACAACUAAUGGAUGUCAAGCUGAUUGGAUGUGUUUGCUGGCAAACACAAAUCAAGGUCCUUCACAUAAAAAUAAAUCUCUAAUUUGUUUGCCAUUAAAUCUUCCAGGAGUUCACAUCUCAAAACCUUUGAAAAAAAUGGGAAUGAAAAGUUCUGAUACAGCACAGAUAUAUUUCGAAGACGUGAAAGUACCAGCUGAAUAUCUAAUUGGUGAAGAAGGAAAAGGAUUUUUUUAUCAAAUGGUGCAGUUCCAAGAUGAAAGACUUGCAGGAAUUGCUCUUAGUUGUGCGCAGAUGACAAGAAUGGUUUCAGAUACUAUUGAAUACUGUCAGAUGAGAAAAGCCUUCGGCAAAAAAAUAAUUGACAACCAAAUCAUCCAUUAUCGAUUAGCAGAGCUGCAAACCGAAAUAGAAGCUUUGAGGUCACUAUUGAUGAGAAUUACAGAUGAUAAAAACAAUGGAAAAGAUAUUACAUAUCUUGCCUCGAUGGGAAAAUUAAAAGCCGGCCGACUGAGCAGAGAAGUGAUGGAUUCAUGCUUACAAUAUUGGGGUGGAAUGGGUUACACAGAUGAUGUAUUAAUCAGUAGAUUUUACAGGGAUGCUCGUUUGUUAUCCAUUGGAGCAGGGACAGAUGAAAUCAUGCUCUCAAUAAUUUGUAAAUAUAUGAAAAUUUUCCCCAAGUAAAAUGUAAUAUACAUACUGUUGUA